AAGGCCGAAGUAGAGGCGAGGCGGGUUGAGUGCGGGGCUGGCAGCGGGGCGGCGCAAGAUGGCAGACACGGAGAGUACUUGCACGUCAGUGGACGACCGCACCGAGGACCUGGUGUCACCCACGAGGGACGCGCUGGUGGACGGCAUCGUGGGCCUUCUCAAACCCUGCCUGGACCAGCUGGAUGACCGCGUGCGCGCUACCAGGGUGAGCCAGAGUGAGCUCCACCAGCAACUGGAGGGCCUGGCUGCUGAGCUGGCCAAGAUACAUGAGCAGAGCAAAUGUCCGCUGCAACUGGACUCCUACAUCAAGAAGCUGCAGAACGCCAAGCGCAGGGUGGUGGUUGUAAACAACAUUCUGCAGAACACUCAGGACCGUCUUAACAAGCUACACGCACAAGUCAAUAAGGAAAACGCCCGACGCCGUGCCCUCCUAGAGACUCCCUCCCCUGCAACCACUCCCUCCACCUCUCUUCAUGCUGCCCCCUAACUCACAAACCUGAGGACAUAAGUUACCAAGACUCGAGCCCACCAUGGUGUGAGGAAUCCCUGCGCUUGUGUCUCCCUUGAGUGGCGGAUUCCUGUGGUGUGCUGGCUGUGUGUGGCGCUGGUGUGGUGGAUGGAGAGGU